AUGGCGGCCGCCACGAACUAAAGAUGCACUUGGUACAGUGUUUUGGGUCGUUUUGGGUUUAGUUAAAAAUCGCGAAAUACAAAUGUUUUCUUCUAGAGGUGCUGGGAUCAUACGAAGAUGUUUUACCACUUUAGAGACGUAUUGCCCACCGUCAUGGGCAGCAACUCUUAGCAAUACCCCAUCACACUUUGUAAAGUUAUGUCAAAGAAAUACACCAAUACGUGACUGGACUCUCCCUGGUUUACCAAGUGGAUUUUCUUUAUCAAUAAAGAGAGAUGACAUGACUGGAAGUACUUUGUCUGGUAACAAGGUAAGAAAACUUGAAUUUCUGUUGGCUGAUGCUUUGGUGAAAGGAAGUGACUGUGUGCUGACRUGUGGUGGUAUUCAAUCAAAUCACUGUCGAGCUACUGCAGUAGCGGCAAGGGAACUUGGACUUGAUUGCUAUUUAUUUCUCAGACAUAAAGAAGAGAAUACAAACAUUGGGUGCUCAGGAAAUCUUCUUCUCAAUCAUUUAAUGGGAGCCAAGAUUUUCCUUGUCCCUAAUGAGAGAUAUACCUCUGGCUUAAAACCACGUAUGGAAAUUAUUGCAGAAAAGCUAAGAGAAAAAGGUCGAGUGCCGUAUAUUGUCCCUUUAGGCGGUUCUAAUCCUCUCGGUUUGUAUGGAUACAUUAGUGCAUUCCAAGAACUUAUAGAACAGAAAGUCCUGGAAAACUUCGAUGAUAUUGUAUUGUGUAUUGGCAGUGCUGGCAGUGCAGCAGGAAUUGCUAUUGGGAAUUACUUGACAGGAAGUAAAGUAAAAUGCCAUGCAGUGUGCGCCUCUGAUAAUGCAAAGAAUUUUUACGAACAUAUCAACGAAGAGCUUGAUGCUAUUGGAAUGGAUGUCAAAGCUGAGGAUAUCAUUGAUAUUGUUGACGGGUACAAAGGAAAAGGAUAUGGUAUUUCUACCAAAGAAGAGCUUGAGCUAAUAGUAAGGAUAUCGUCGUUAACCGGUAUCGUCCUGGAUCCUGUCUAUACCAUCAAGUCAGUGAGAGGAAUGCUUAGUGAAAUGAAUGCGAACCCUUCAAGAUUCAAAGGGUCUAGAGUUUUAUAUAUUCAUACAGGUGGAGUGUAUGGUCUUUACGAUGGACGAAUGGAUGAUGUGGUUACAGAAAUGACUAGCAACAGUAUAAGAGAAUGGAAGGACUCGCUCGACAACCCGCCUCAACUGCACUGAAACCCGGGGGAGGGGGAUAAUUGUUGGAAUUUCUAAAAGAAAUAUGCCAGGCUCUUACAAAAAAAGGGCGUGGCAGCCCAAUAUUUUCACCCCUAAAAGAUACCAACUAAAAAUGUUUUACAUAAUCAAAUACGAUGAAACGAGACGACUUACGUAUUCUGAUUAUCACAAAGUACACCAGAUCAUUUGGUGGUGGCCCGAAAACCUUCAAGACACAAUCCCUAGUGCUUUUAACCCCUUUUAAAAAGAAACGACCAUCGAAAUCCGUUCAUAUAUUGGAGUACCCUAAAACCAGACAAACUAAUUAGGCAAACACGGUUUUGAUUUUGCCUUUUGAUAGCCCACCACACCUGUCCUUAAUAGUUCGACCAAUCAUAAGCUUCGUUCUGACGGUAGUGGUCGACCCAUGCAUGUCUUCUUUACCAGAGAUACAGUUAACUCUCUUUGAACGACCACUCUAGUAAGCGACCAUCUCCCGUAAUCGACCACCUUUUAAAUUUCCCGUUUUGUUCAGUUUCCCAUAUAAACUCUGUAAAAAAACUUUCUCGUUAGCGACCAUCUCUCGUAAGCGACCACGUUUUCCUGAUCCCGAGGUGGUCGCUUAAGAGAGAGUUGACUGUAGUUUAAAUAAGAUCAAGACGAGCAUGAGCUGUCAGCGGUCUCACAGUCCAGUGAAUUAUACAGCAAUGCCUAAGACAGUCCUUUAUUCAUGCUUUGUAAUAAACAGAAACAAAUUCAGAAACACUUUGUCAACAA